CCAACAAUUGUUAUAUAAAAAAAUUUCUUUAAAAAUUUUCAUUCAUAUUAUUCUGUCUUAAAAUUUCAAUUAAAUAAAAAACAUCCUCUUUAGGUCCACAAAAUUCUAAAUUCUGCAAUAUGAGUUGUUUUGGUUUAUGUGGCAAAGAACAAAAACCUAAAUAUGAUGAAUUUCGGGUAGUUUACAACAAGGCCGCCGAAACCGUGGUUAUAGAAACACAAACCUCCGAUCAUGAAGUUCCUCAACAGCAACAGCAACCACACAACACAGUAGCUUUAAUAGAUUGUGGCAGUUCUGUUAUAAGGGCGGGGUUUGCAGGUGAUGAAUCACCUUUAAUAACAAUACCCACUGUAGUGGGUAAAUCUACGGUAGAUGAUGUCACCAAAAAAGUAUUUGGUGCCACAGCUCUAACUAGUUCUAAUUCCUAUAAACUUUCAUAUCCUGUAGAAAGAGGUUUUAUCAAGGAUUGGCAUGAUGCUGAAGAAUUACUGGAACAUGUAAUCGAAAAAGAUUUACAUAUACAACCUAAAAUGCAGCAGUUGAUGUUAACCGAAGCUCCUAAUAAUCCUCCAGCCAAUCAGGAAAAAACUGCAGAAAUGAUGUUUGAAAAAUUUCAGUUCAGCUCAUUUCUCUUAGUGCCCUCAACACCCAUGGGCAUGUAUGGCUAUGGCUCUACCACCGGCGUUAUAGUAGAAUCGGGUGCGGGGCAGACACAUAUUGUAGCGGUCAAAGAUGGUGAUUACAUAAAGGACUCUUAUCGUCAUAUACCUGUGGGUGGUAAUGAUUUAACCAAGUACAUGGGACAACUUUUAACGCAAAGUGGUAAUGCGCGAUAUUUUCAUGGCAAACGAAAUGAACAUGAAAUUUUAAAUGAAAUCAAGCGUAUUGGCUGUCACAUUGUUUUGAACUACGAUGAGGAGGUAAAAAAUUCUCAAAUGAAUCCCGAUUUUAUAACUGAUCAUGCUAUAUUGCGUGAUGGCACUAUGAUUGCCAUGAAAACGGAAUCCUAUCAGGUGCCAGAGUUAUUAUUUAAGCCUGAAUUAAUAGGUAUCCAUACAGGGGGAAUACCACAAAACAUUUACGAUUGCAUUGAAUCUUGUGAACCUGCUUUGAGAGCACAACUGUAUGGCAAUAUAUGUUUAUGUGGUGGCAACACUAUGUUUCCCGGUAUUCGUGAUCGUUUACUGUGGGAAGUGAGAACAUUUGCUGGACACAAUGUUAAUGUUAAGAUAAAUGCUUUACCUCAGCGGGAGAAUUUAGUUUUCUUGGGAGCCUCGCUGCUGGGUGUUUGUCCAAAGUUGAGAGAUAAUUUAAUAUCAUAUCAAGAGUACCGGGAAGUUGGCUCACAAAUAGUUCAUUGGAAAUUCUUUUGAUGAUUACAAGCAGAAAUUCCAUAUCAGGAGCAGCGAUAGAAGUGAAAUUAUGACCAAAACAACUCAUAAAGCAGAAUGUAUACAAAAAAUUCUUGGUAUUAAUAAUAAAAAUUUUUAAUAAAGUUUUUUCUUUAAUU